AUAUCUAAGUUACUAAUUCUCCGAGUUUGGCAUUUUAAUCUUCAGCACCAAUUAGUGCUUGUAUUUGUGUUCUCAAAACAUGCCUUUUCUUUUCUCUCUUUUCUUUUUCAGGUUGAUAGUUUGGUUGAAGAGUUUGCAGAUAUAAAUCGUAAAAUGGAGAAAACAGGAACAUUCACUAUGGAUAAGAAAAAGCUCCUUCAACUUGUUGGAAAGGCCAAUUCAAAUUUAGCAGAUGUAAUUCUCAAAGUUGGUCUUUUUGAGAGAUCAGAAAUUGCGUGGAGGGAUGCAAAAUAUGCUCAAAUAUAUGAGUACCUUCGGGAAGAGUACGAGGUCACCCAGCGCUUUGGGAAUCUAGAUUUCAAAUUGAAGUUUGUGGAGCAUAACAUUCAUUUUCUUCAAGAAGUCCUCCAGAAUAGGAAAUCAGAUCUCUUGGAAUGGUGCAUCAUUGGCCUAUUGAGCAUUGAAAACAUUAUAUCAUUAUAUGAGAUUGUUAAGGAUUCAACUCCCAUGCAACUCUGAUUUGCCAGCGUCGCGGAUGCAAUUUUUGAUCUGCAAUUAGUAAAGUCUAAUUUUGUUUUUUGUUGUACUAAUUAUUUUAUCAUAAAGAUAAUAAUCUGAUUUUCUUAUAUUUUUAUUUGAUCCUCCAGCUCUCCAUAUUACAUUAUGCUCAUGUUGUCUUACAUUAUUGCAUUAUAUAUAUAGAUGCGCAUAAACAUACAACUAUUGUAACUCGAACAAAAUUCAGUUGGAGAAAUUCAUUACUAUUUUACCUUCUAGUUUUCUUUUAUGUAAAUAACUAUUGAAAAGUUUCCUAAA